UGGAGAGAGGGAAGAAGUGAGGGGGGCAGGCGGACGGAGGGGCAGCUGCUUAGAGAGCCCCAGCCGCCUCCGCACCUGUCUCUGAGCCCCCGCCCCGCGCCAGCCAGACACCGAGAGAGAGGAGGACGGCGACGGCGAGUGGGUGUUGCCGGCGCCAAGCACCUGGUUGUGCCUCCCCGCCCUCCUAUCCUUCCGUCGCCGCUCUCUUUCCUGCAUCGGCCGCCUCUCAAGGGAGCCCCGCCGAGGCAGGAGUGGGACCAGUGCGGCGAGGAGGUGGAGGAACAACACAGAGGGCCGGGGAAGCUGCGGGCGGAGCCGCGAUCUCUGCGAGAGUCAGCGACAUCAUACGAGAGAGAGAAACCCCGUUUCGGGAGCGUCGUUGACACAGUCGCUUGGGAGCUUUCCUUAACACACGCUGCGACUCCCCCCGCCCCCCCCCCCACAACUCUUGUGCUGAGGGGAGGCAAAAAAAAUUAAACUAAAAUUUCCGCUGUUGGACUAGGUGGCGCGAAGAGCCGCGGCGUGAGCGGCAGGAUGAACCCCAAUGUCACCUAUGCGAGCCGCAAGCGGCGGAAACCCGUGCAGAAAAUAGUGAAGCCUUCCCCUCCUGAAGGAGCCAAAUCUAAUCCAUCGAAGAGGCAUAGAGAUCGAUUGAAUGCAGAAUUGGAUCGCCUGGCUGGUCUUUUGCCAUUCCCUCAGGAUGUUAUUGCCAAGCUGGAUAAAUUAUCUGUGCUUAGGCUCAGCGUUAGUUACCUGAGAGCCAAAAGUUUCUUUGAUGUUGCACUAAAGUCAUCCUGUUCUGCAAAACCUGACAGAAAUGGCAUCCAGGACAGCAGUAGAACUACAAAGACUAGAGAGAGCAUGGGGCUGCUAGAAGGAGAACUUUUACUACAGGCAUUAAAUGGCUUUGUACUGGUGGUCACAUCAGACGCUCUCAUAUUUUAUGUAUCUUCGACAAUACAGGAUUAUUUAGGUUUCCAGCAGUCUGACAUUAUACACCAGAGUGUAUAUGAAUUAAUUCAUACUGAAGACAGACCAGAAUUCCAACGACAGCUUCACUGGGCUCUAAAUCCUGUGCAGUCUACAGAUGCUGGACAGAUAGUACAAGGAGAUAAUGGGUUUUCACAGUCAGCAACGUAUUACAAUCCAGAACAGCUACCUCCAGAGAAUUCUUCAUUUAUGGAACGAAAUUUUAUCUGUAGAUUACGCUGCCUCCUGGAUAAUUCAUCUGGGUUCUUGGCCAUGAAUUUUCAAGGGAGAUUAAAAUUUCUGCAUGGACAGAACAAGAAAGGGAAGGAUGGAGCAGCUAUAUCUCCUCAGCUUGCUUUGUUUGCUGUGGCAACUCCACUUCAGCCUCCAUCCAUUCUUGAAAUACGUACCAAAAACUUUAUCUUCAGGACUAAGCACAAAUUAGACUUCACACCUAUAGGAUGUGAUGCAAAAGGACGAAUUGUACUGGGAUACACCGAAGCAGAACUGUGCAUGCGAGGAACAGGUUACCAGUUUAUCCAUGCAGCUGAUAUGCUUUAUUGUGCAGAGAAUCAUGUCCGAAUGAUAAAAACUGGAGAGAGUGGUAUGACUGUGUUUAGACUUCUUACCAAGGAGAAUCGAUGGGCUUGGGUACAAGCAAAUGCACGCUUGGUCUACAAAAAUGGAAGACCAGAUUAUAUCAUCGCUACACAAAGACCCCUUACAGAUGAAGAAGGGGCAGAGCACUUACGAAAACGAAACAUGAAGCUGCCUUUCAUGUUUGCUACAGGUGAGGCUGUCUUAUAUGAAGUGAUGUUCCCUCAGCCUGGCUUAAUGGAUUCUUCUCAGGCAAAGGUUAAAAGUGGCAUCGGAAAAGGAGCUGCUUCUAAGUCUACACUGCUCAAAGAAUCUGUUGAUCCCAAUUCACUUUUGGGUGCAAUGUUGCAGCAGGAUGAAUCUGUGUAUCUCUGCCCACCUGCUUCAAAUAAAAUAACCUUCGAAAGAAACCUUUUUGCAGACAGCAGGGAUGAACUGGGUAAUGUAAUGGCAGGUGAUUGGCAGGAUAAUAUUUUACCAGUGGGAAAUAACAGCAUCCUGAAACAGGAACAGACUGAAUGUCCCCAGGAAAGUAACUUAAUGCUUCCAGAAGACAGCAUGGAACUUUUUCAGGAUAACAAAAACAAUGAACUGUACAAUAUCAUGAAAACUCUAGGAGUUGACUUUGAAGAUAUCAAAUGUUUUCAGCAAGAUGAGGACUUUUUAAAAAAUGAACUUUCUGGUGUGGAUGACAUUAGAGACAUUGAUAUAACAGACGAAAUCCUGACCUAUGUUCAGGAAUCCUUAAAUAAGACUGAUCUCUAUUCGAGUUACCAGCAACAACCACCCAUGGUUCAGAAUUCUACCUGUUUAAUGCAACAGCAGUUGGAACAGCAGCAACUUGACCAACAGCAGAAACAAACAGUGUCUGAACAACAUCAGCAUCAUCAACAGCUGUGUCAGAAGAUGAAACACAUGCAGGUCAAUGGGAUGUUCACAAACUGGAACUCUGUUAGCAGCAUACCCAUUAACUCUUCACAGCAACAGAUGCAGCCAUAUGUCUUUUCUGGUAUGGAAGAAAUAACUCAGGAGUUCCCUUACAAAUCUGAAGUCAAUUCAGCCACGUAUGCAUGUAGGCAAGAGUUCAUUCCUUACAAGCAGCCAACCAGUGUGGUGUCACAACUUUCAGACUUUACACAGAUAGACUUUCCAGUAGGAAGUUUUGAGCGAUCAAAUUAUUCAGCUUCUUCGGGCUUGGAGGAGUUUCUCAAUUGUUUGCAGCAUGUCCCUGAAAGUCAGACCUGUGGAAUAAACUCUCAGCAAGUUAUAGUAACUCCUCAGACAUGCUAUGCUGGUGCUGUGUCAAUGUACCAGUGUGUAUCUGAAACGCAACCAAACUGUACAGAGCAAAUGCAAUAUACUCCUGCAGUAUCGGGACAGCAAACAUUGCUAAACAAGUUCCAGAAUACUUUUAAUGGAGGAAACCUGAAUGAUGCAUAUCCACCGCAAUUAGAUGUUGUCAGCACCCAACCUGGAACACAUCUUCAGCCCCUUCAUCAUCCAACAGAAUCCAGAUCUUUCUCUGAUUUGGCAUCCAGUGGUUUUAUGUAAUUCAACACCAAAUUCCUCUGGAGGAUUGGAUCAGGACUGGAAUUAUUAAAUGGAGAUUGAAAACCAGAUGUGGUUGCACUUAAUAUGCAUGCAUAUAGGAUUUUUAUCCAAAAGUGAUACUUAUAGGUGGAAGUUGGAGCUGUUAUCAUGGCCUAAAAGUUUGCAUGUGAAAUUUUUAGACAGUGAAAUACGUACUGUUGCAAUAUUAUUACUGCAUCACAUUGUAGAACAUAAGAUAAGGCAAAUGAUUUUAUUGUUUAAAAGAUGAAAUUGGCACUUUGACCAUUUUCUUUGGAAUGGCAAAAGAACAUUUCUCUUGGGUUCUUUUAGGCUUUGUUUUAAGCCAGUGUUCCCACUAUAGGAGCAAAUAAAACACUCUAUACUGCAUAUUUGCAUAUUUCCUUCAACUACUUUAUUUAGUAUUGUUCUUUUUUUCCUUUUUCUUUACAUUUCAGGUUCUAGCACUUUAGUAGAAGGUUUGAUACAAGGAUUUGAUAUGCAAUUUUAGGUUUUAUACAACCAAAUCCAUUGCAGUCCUCCCUUACAGUUAGCCUUAAGUGCCUCACAACAUAGCUACCUUAAUUCUGAAAGGAGCUAAUAGGAAAAGAAACAUUCACUCUAAAACUAGACACCCCUGCUCUGUGAUUAUUCAGUAGUUGGUUUGGUUUGGUUUGGUUUUAAAAGCUAGAGACCUAUGAGUAGUAUAUUGCUUCUCUAUUAAAUGUAUUACUGGUUUUUCUUAUUUUAGAUUUUAUAUUUUCUUUAGUAUUUCAAAUAUAAUACUGGUUUUUCUUUAGAAUUUCAUGUUGACUGAAAUCCUUGGCUUUUUGUUUUCUGCAUAUUUCAGGUAGAACAGGGUAAAAACAGGUAUAUUAUAGGAGAACUUUGUCUCCUCAAGAUUAAUUCUGAGUUUAACAUACUGAAGAAAAAACAUGUGCCUUAUCUUGUGUUACAACACUUGUUGAAUUGUCUUUUUGAAAAGUACAAGGCUGCUCUAUGCAAAUACUUCCAUUUAAAAUGGUUCCUGAGAAGGGUUCAUUUUAAAAGCUAGUAGAAAGCAAUGUCUCAGUAGGAAAUAAUAUUGAAGCUUACUUUUGUAAAAAUUUCUACUCCUAGGGUCAAAUUUUGAUUGGAUUCUGUUUUUCAACUAUUCCAAUGGGAGAGGGUCUGCUGAUAUUGAAUAUCCCUGAUGAUUGCACUCUAAACAAAAAAACUAUCUUUCUAUGUAUGUAAAUUCACUUUAAAUGUCUUCAUUCAAGAGAUAAAACUGAAAAUUUAUUUUAGUUCAACUAUAGAGAGAAAUUUUCCUUGAAAUAAAAAGGAUAUUUUAAACUUUUUUUUUUUAAAGGCAAAACAUUGUACUGGAUUUUUAUUUUUAGAACUGUAGGCACCAAUGUUUGGUGUGUCAUAUUAGUUUAAAUGGGGGAUGGAGGGGAUGUGUACAUGUUCAUAAAACUGAAUUUCCAUUACAUGCUGUAUAAAUAUGUAAUAAGCACCAAGUAAUGUCUUUGUAAAAUAUUUUAAACAAGUAAAUUUUAAAAUGGUAUACCAUAUUAUUAAAAUGUGCAUUAUGUAUGUAUAAUGUAAAUGUCAAUAUAGACUCUUUUUUUAAAAAAUAAAUAAACCAACUCCCUCCAGGAUGGUGUUCAGAUUUUUGAUGAAAGAGCAGUUUCAGUCAAAUAUUUUUAAAUAACUUAACCACAUGGAAGAUUUAAUGGGACAUCAAAUAGUGGGAAAUGACUAUUGAAAACUAAGGUUUUUAAAAGAAAUGUGAAGCAUAAAUAAGAAUUUAUUUCCAUCUUCUGGAAAAGAUGGCAAGCAGUUGCUAGAAUUUUAAAUUUAGGAUCUAACAUUGCUUUUAACAAGCAUUACAAAGGAAAUAUCUUUUGGUUACAUAAUGCAUGUAAAGAAAAUAUCCUUUAAGCCAUUAGGAACAUUAUUUUGGCCAUUCCUAAAUGUAUUAAUUUAGUAGUAACUCAUUUCUUAAUUUUUCAUGUGCUCUUGUUUACAGACUGUUCCUGUAGUAUUCUGUUUUGAAUCAGUAUCAGAUAUUUUUUUACAUGAGUAAUGCUGUACUGUAAAACUUAAAGGUUCAAAGGGAUAAUGUAACCUCUUUUUAAGAAAAGGGAAAAAAACAGAACCCCAUAACAGAUAAGAACCUAUGUAUCAUAUCACUUCUGUUAAACCAAAUAUCCCAUCACUAAGUGCCAAGGAUGCAGUAUGAACUGGGUACUGCCUUAUUGUAAGUUAGUUAAUACAGUUAUGUGUAAUAUCAGCUUGUUUUCUAUAUUAGCUGUGGCUGUGUUCAACAAGCCUGUGUAUUGGUGGCGCACUGUAGAUCUACACCAAACUGCUCUCCUCAAAACUGAUGAAUUUCUGACUUUAUUAUAUCUCUCACCCUUCACCCAUUUACCUCACCCUACCCUAAGUCUAAACAAAUAACUACCUAGUUUUAAUUAAUAUUACUAUCACUUUCUGUAGAUUGUCUUAGCUUCCUUCCCUCAUUCUGUCUCCAUUCUCCUUUUUGUCAUCUCUGUUUUUUGUCAUGCAGUUAAUUUCUUGUGUGUUAGGGUAUAAUUUUACAGUGUUUUUAAUGAGCUUUGGUAAAACUUGUAAAGCAUAAUAUAUGGUAAUAAAAUAUCACCUGAAUAG